CGGUGACGGAAAACUCGUGACUGGAACCUGAGCGCCGGGCGCGCGCAGAGCCACGGGGGGGGCGGAGCUACAAGCCCAGACCGCGAGGAAGCCCCCGACGGGCGGCGCGUGCGCAGUCUCUCGCCGCGGGACCUCCUUCCCGCCGCUGAGACUAGGAAGCGGGACGCCAAAUCUGUCCCCGCGCAGCCGCCGCCGCCGGGUGCCGAGCGGGGCGGCCGCCCUCUCCGAGGCGCGCCUGCGCACGUCCCCACGCACGCUCCGGCGUACGGCGGCGGCCAGGGGUCGCGAGCCGGUGGAGGACCCGCGCGCGGAGGAGCCCGGGGAGUCGGCGCCUCUUCCCUCCCUCUCCCAUUCCCCUCCCCGCUCCCUCCCCCCCCCCAGAAUGUUCCGCUACGAGUCUUUGGAGGAUUGUCCUCUGGAUGAAGAUGAAGAUGCAUUUCAGGGCCUGGGAGAGGAGGACGAAGAGAUUGAUCAAUUCAAUGAUGAUACAUUUGGGUCAGGUGCAGUUGAUGAUGAUUGGCAGGAAGCUCAUGAGCGCCUGGCUGAACUGGAAGAGAAGCCACCUGCAGCAGUUAAGGAACAAACCGGCAAUGGAGAACGGGAUGAGAUGGACUUGUUGGGUGACCAUGAGGAGAAUCUGGCAGAGAGGCUCAGUAAGAUGGUGAUUGAAAAUGAACUUGAAGACCCAGCUAUCAUGAGGGCGGUACAGACCAGGCCAGUGUUGGAACCCCAACCAGGAAGUCUCAAUUCCAGCAUCUGGGAUGGAUCUGAAGUUCUGAGGCGAAUCCGAGGACCACUGCUUGCUCAGGAAAUGCCUACAGUGUCUGUGUUAGAAUAUGCCUUGCCUCAGAGGCCCCCCCAGGGCCCAGAAGACGAUCGGGACCUUUCCGAGCGCGCAUUACCAAGGCGGUCCACCUCGCCUGUCAUUGGGAGUCCUCCUGUUAGAGCUGUCCCCAUAGGCACCCCACCUAAGCAGAUGGCUGUGCCCAGCUUCAACCAGCAGGUCCUGUGUCCAAAGCCUGUGCACGUUCGGCCCCCGAUGCCGCCGCGGUAUCCUGCUCCCUAUGGGGAGAGGAUGUCUCCAAACCAGCUCUGCAGUGUCCCGAACUCCUCCCUGCUGGGCCACCCUUUUCCCCCUAGCGUCCCUCCUGUCCUCAGCCCCCUCCAGAGAGCACAGCUUCUUGGAGGAGCGCAGCUACAGCCUGGACGGAUGUCUCCCAGCCAGUUUGCACGGGUCCCUGGAUUCGUGGGCAGCCCACUUGCCGCCAUGAAUCCCAAGCUGUUGCAAGGGCGAGUUGGGCAGAUGCUCCCCCCUGCGCCAGGCUUCCGCGCCUUCUUCAGUGCCCCACCCCCUGCUACACCACCACCUCCACAGCAGCACCCCCCUGGGCCAGGACCCCACCUGCAGAAUGUAAGAUCGCAGACCCCAGUGUUUAGACCAGACACAACCCAUCUUCAUCCACAGCACCGUCGACUCUUGCAUCAGAGGCAGCAACAGAAUAGAAAUCAGCAUCGGACUCUCAACGGUGCAGGAGACAGAGGGAGUCACCGGAGCAGUCAUCAGGAUCAUAUCCGGAAGGACCCGUAUGCCAACCUCAUGCUUCAGCGAGAGAAAGACUGGGUCUCUAAGAUUCAGAUGAUGCAGCUGCAGAGCACUGACCCCUACCUGGACGACUUCUACUACCAGAAUUACUUUGAAAAACUGGAGAAGCUGUCAGCUGCUGAAGAAGUGCACGGUGACGGCCCAAGAAAGGAGCGCACCAAGCUCAUCACGCCCCAGGUGGCCAGGCUGGAGCACACCUACAAGCCAGUGCAGUUUGAGGGCUCUUUGGGAAAGCUCACUGUCUCUAGUGUGAAUAAUCCCCGAAAAAUGAUUGAUGCUGUUGUGACGUCUCGGAGUGAGGAUGAUGAGACAAAAGAAAAACAGGUUCGGGACAAAAGACGAAAAACCCUUUUCAUAAUUGAGAAAACCUACAGUUUACUGCUUGAUGUGGAGGAUUACGAAAGGCGUUACCUCCUAAGUCUGGAAGAAGAGCGACCUGCCCUGAUGGAUGAAAGAAAGCACAAAAUUUGUUGCAUGUACGACAACUUAAGGGGGAAAUUGCCUGGACAGGAGAGCCCGAGUGACGACCACUUUGUGCAGAUCAUGUGCAUCCGAAAGGGGAAGAGGAUGGUGGCCCGGGUCCUGCCUUUCCUCUCCACAGAGCAAGCAGCUGACAUUCUCAUGACAACAGCCAGGAACCUGCCUUUCCUCAUCAAGAAGGAUGCGCAGGAUGAGGUGCUGCCGUGCCUGUUGAGUCCCUGCUCUCUCCUCCUCUACCAUCUUCCACCAGUGACCGUCGCCAGCCUUCUGCAGCAGCUGAUGAACCUACCUCAGAGUGCAGCGGCCCCAGCUCCGUCCAACCCGCACCUCUCUGCCGUGCUCCAGAACAAGUUUGGCCUGUCCCUGCUCCUCCUCGUCCUGAGCCGCGGGGAAGACCUACAGAGCUCAGACGCCGCUUCAGAAUCGACGCAAAGCAACCCGUGGACGGAGGUGAUGUUCGUGGCAACCCGAGAACUUUUGCGGAUUCCCCAGACGGGCCUGGCCAAGCCAAUCUCUAUACCCACAAACCUAGUAUCCCUCUUUUCUCGUUACGUUGACCGACAGAAACUGAACUUGCUGGAGACAAAACUGCAGCUAGUUCAGGGGAUACGGUAAAGGCCUCCACGCGCGUCCUGUGCCUCCUCUUGGCUGCCUCCCGCUCUGCUGCCAUCGCCAAUGGAGUGUUGUUUUAAACGAGGGAGGGAAGGUAGCUCACUCCCCAGAGCCUCUGGUGGGACCGAGUCCAUUCACAGGGGCUGUCUCUGAAUGCCAGGUACUGCCCGCUGCUCUGUGAAACGUGGCUGGGUUCACACUUCGGCUGGUUUCUUAACUUCUGUGUGACAGUCCUGCAUGUCCCACGUUACUCGAGUCUUCUCCAUCCUGCCUUUUCUUUGCCUUUGAGACACAAACAUAACCUCUCCCUUCAUCCCCCCACCACCGCUCCAACUCAGAGUAGGUUGUAGCCUGCCACAGAAUUCCUUCCCUCAUCGCCCCUUAUUUCUAUGACUGUAGGAGAGCUGAUGAAGUAGAGAUAUAAAUAUAUACGCGCACACACACCCCGACACGCAUGAUUCUGUGGUCUCCAGAGGGCCCUUAAAGAACGAGCUUAGACUGAGAAAUUUAGCUGGCACACCAUCCCUUCUCUAACCACAACCCAGCUGAUGUGUUUCUAAUCUGUUCCUCAUCCAUCCCCUGCUGAUUUGAUGGGUUCUCCCUGUUCUAAUAAAAUGUAGGGUAUGCA